AUGUCCCACGAUGUGUCCAAGUUGCUGGAGGCCAUUCGUCGCGCACAGAUUCAUUCCAAGCGACAGCACCACGACAAAAGAUCGUUUGAAAAGAGCAUGAUGAAGAACAUCGGGUCCAUCUACAACGACAAGAAGACUCCCAUCGCCACGGCAACGUUGGCCAAGUCAUCGUCCACGGCGCAUGGUUGGCACCACAUGGCUCAAACUUUCUUUCGAUACGUUCCAUCACACAAUCGAGACGUGGGCGACGUCAAACCGGUGGUUGGCAAGAUCAAGCACGCCAUUGUCGGCUAUGGAGGCCAUCGACAUAACAAACAAGACAUGAUCGGGACGACAUUUACACAUGGCUUGGAGAUUGUGCCGCAGCCCGUGAGUUUGCAGAAACCGCAUGCACUGGUCCUGCCCAAGAAAGACCUGUCCAUGUCCGCAUCGGGCUACGGAGUCUUUGAUGAGCUCUCUGGGUAUGGCCAAUUCCUGGCGCGCAGUCAAAUGGCAAAAUCUCGCGAUGGCGCGGCAGGGCACGGGAAAAAAGACAACUGUAGCCACGACGGACAGUUUGCAGCACCACCCCAUGAUGGCUCCACGUAUGGAGAACCCGCGCAGAGCAGCAAGAACGGCCAGUUCGCACCGCCACCCGCCGCCUCAGGCUACGGCCAGUUUGAGAAUGCCAGCAACUACGGCCAGUUCGCGCCGCCUCCCGCCGCCUCAGGCUACGGCCAGUUUGAGAAUGUUAGCGGGUACGGACAGUUCGCACCGCCACCCGCUGCUUCAGGCUACGGCCAGUUUGAGAAUGCCAGCAACUACGGCCAGUUCGCACCGCCUCCCGCUGCCUCAGGAUACGGCCAGUUUGAGAAUGCCAGCAACUACGGCCAGUUCGCGCCGCCUCCCGCUGCCUCAGGCUACGGCCAGUUUGAGAAUGUUAGCGGGUACGGACAGUUCGCACCGCCACCCGCCGCCUCAGGCUACGGCCAGUUUGACAACGCCAGCGGGUACGGACAGUUUGCUGAGCCGCCUAGCCGACCCAACAUCAAGGGGAUGGUGCAUUCCGGCCACGUGAACAACAACAGCAAACCAACGGUUGUCCAAGCUCGAGAUGCAGCAGCUCAGGGGCGACAAAGACUAUCUCCACUUCCCACCAUCCAUUUCGACGACUUGUGCCGCAACGAGAACCUUCGCGAAUUGUACCAUCGAGUGCUUCGACGAAUUGGCGGGGCGUCUGGGGUGGCUUCGACGUAUCAUCGAUUGUUCAACGUGCUGCGGCAACAAAGAGGCUCGAAAACGGACUUGAAGAAGCGGGUCAAAGCCGCGUUCGAGGUCGUCACGGCACGAGGUUAA